AUGUCAAUGCUGAAGCAACUCACCUCAAUCACUGCCCGGCUGGGCCAGCCCAUCAAAACCGCCAACCUCCGCGCCCAACAACCACUUAUCCAGCCAAUUAAGCAAAACAGGCGAACCUUCCACGCCUCUUCAAGACCUCAAACAACUCGCCAGCAAAAGGAGGAAGAAAGUAAAUUCCACGAUCGGAACAUCCUCGACCCUCAGCGCAAUGAAGGCACCCAAACGGGUACGGAUAAUGAAGUCGCUAGCCACCCGUCAGCCUAUGACCCAAACACGACGAGGCCUGAGAGCGAGGUCCAAGAGUCCGAGAAGGAGAGCCAGCAGCAGGGUAAAGUCAGCAACCCGCUGAAUGUUAGCCCGGGGAAUACUGAAGUGAGUGGCACACGACCAACGCAGGAGGGGCUUCCGGAUCGUAACGCAGAGAAAGAGGCGACGAGUGGAAGGGGAGCGGCGCGGAAGAAUAGAGAGGUCAACAAGCCGAAGAAUUAG